GCAUCAUGGCUUCUUGGAAUCGCUACGGGAGUCGGAUGAGAGAGGCGAAAAUGUUCAUGUUGGUGAUGCUGGUGUGGCUGCUGCCGGUGCUGGAUGCAGUGAAGGUGUCUCCUCUCGUAGAGAAGGUCAGCGACCACAAAGACUUCAAGAAGCUUCUCAGGACGAGAACCAACGUCCUGGUGCUCUACACAAAGACAGCUACAUCAGGGGACUCCCACCUGAAACUGCUGUCAGAUGUAGCCCAGACAGUAAAAGGCCAAGGGACUAUUGCCUGGGUCAACUGUGGAGAUUCAGAGGGUCGUAAACUGUGUAAGAAAGUGAAGGUGGACCCAAGCUCCAAACGUGGCGGAGCAGAGCUGCUACAUUACAAAGAUGGGACGUUUCACACCGAGUACAACAGACCUGCUACCUUCAAGUCUAUGGUAGCGUUCUUGAAAGACCCUUCGGGACCCCCACUGUGGGAGGAGAACCCUGAGGCAAAAGAUGUCGUCCACGUAGAGACAGAAAAAGACUUCAGGAAGCUGCUGAAGAAAGAGGAGAGGCCGAUCCUCAUGAUGUUCUACGCUCCCUGGUGCGGCGUAUGCAAGAGAAUGCAGCCUGUCUUUCAGCAAGCGGCCACGGAGACAAAAGGAAAAUAUGUACUGGCAGGAAUGAAUGUGCACCCGGCUGAGUUUGACGGCCUCAAGCAGGAGUACAACGUCAAAGGCUACCCGACCUUCUGCUACUUUGAGAAGGGGAAGUUCCUUCACCACUAUGAAAACUACGGAGCUGCAGCCAAGGAUAUCGCUGACUGGAUGAAAAACCCUCAGCCCCCCCAGCCGAAGACCCCUGAGGUGCCGUGGGCAGAGACAGAUUCCCCAGUCUUCCACCUGACCGAUGAGUCCUUUGACAGCUUCCUGGAGGAACAUCCCGCAGCCUUGGUCAUGUUCUAUGCCCCUUGGUGUGGCCACUGCAAGAAGAUGAAGCCAGAGUAUGAUGAAGCUGCUGAAAUACUUAACAAGGGCGCAGAUAGUCCGGGCGUGUUGGCAGCAGUGGAUGCCACAGUGCACAAAGCUGUGGGGGAUCGCUUCAAGAUCUCUGGCUUCCCAACUGUGAAGUAUUUUGAGAAAGGUGAGGAGAAGUACACGCUGCCGCAGCUCCGAAGCAAAGACAAGAUCAUCGAGUUCAUGCACAAUCCCCAGGCACCUCCUCCACCUGAGCAGUCUUGGGAAGACAAGCCCUCCAGCGUCAGCCAUCUUGGAUCAGAGGAUUUCCGAGAGGCCCUGAAGAAGAAAAAACAUGCUCUGGUCAUGUUCUACGCUCCUUGGUGUCCACACUGUAAAAACGCUGUCCCCCACUUCACCACAGCGGCGGAGCUCUUCAAAGAGGACCGCAAGAUUGUGUACGCCGCUGUGGACUGUACAAAAGGACAGAACCACGAGCUGUGUAAGCAGGAAGGGGUGGAGGGCUACCCGACGUUCAACUACUACAACUACGGCAAGUUUGUGGAAAGAUACAGUGGAGAUCGUGGGGAGGCGGGCUUCACAGGAUUCAUGCGCAGCCUAAGAGGACGCGACCAGGAAAAGGUUGUCAAGAGGAAGGAGGAGCUUUGAGGCUGGUGUGCAGUGAGGGAGGGGUGGGGGGUGGGGGUGUUGCACUGCACAGUUUGUCAUUGCACUGUGACCCUUGACCCUGGCAAGGGCCCUAUCCGCACUGACAUGGGAGACUUGAUGACCUCAGCGAAAGGCUAUUUUUUAUACCGUGGUGAUCACGUUUGUAAUAAUACCAACAGAGUACCUACAGUCAGACCGACCACCUGAGACUUCUUUUUUUUUUUUUCAUGGAUAUUCUGAUGGGCAGAAAAUACACAGACAAAAAAGUGAUUUCAUUUUUCAUUUUUGUUUUACUUUGCCCAAACACUGUGACUGCAUAUGUGAAAAGCUACACCCUAUACAGUAUCUAUGCAAUACUGACCCCUGCUUAGCCCUGUGGGGGUAUGUGUGACUGACUGACACCCAUAGUGGAGGGUGGUGGGCAUCAUUAGUUAAAGAUGGAGGAUACACUGUCCGUCACUUUACAGGGGUCCUAAUCAAGUCCCAUCAUCCCUGCUCUGCCUCUAGAAGAGACACAUGCUGAUAAUUGUCAUACACCUGAUCCAAUAUUUUUGUACAGAAUCCUGACGUCUCAAGUCCACAACCAUCCAGAAUAUUGCUUUGUUAUCCUCACAGAUCAGCUGGAAGAUAACUGCGUUUAACACUAACAUCUGAAACAGCCCAAAGCUGUGAGAAGUGCUACUGUAGGUAAUCAGGUACCGUAGCAAUGUGAGGUAGGUGAAAUCAUGGCCAAAGGGUCAAUAAUCGGUAUGGUUCCAAGCUUUCAUGAUUAGUUUUGCUUUUAGAAAUGACUCUUUUUUUUUGUUUGCUCAAAUGUGCUGUGGCCUUACAGAUAUAAAAAAAAAAGAAGGAAAGAAAAAUUGCUGGAAUUGCAGAGAUAUGAAAUGAUGAGUGGAGGGGAAUCAGAGGCCUGGUGCCCUUGCAAUUCCCUCAAGUAAGUCAUGGAGCAGAACACGUCAAACGAGAAGGGAAAAAAAAAAACAUGAAAUGCCAAAUAUUACUGCGCAUUGCCCUUGAUAUUUUCAUGCAUUGUACUUUUCCAAAUAUUAACAUUCACAGCUGUAGUGACAUUUCACCUCUUGUACGUCCUGUGUUGUUCAUUCACAGUGGGAUUUCAUCAGUUUUAACAAGCGUAGGGCUCAUUUACACAGGUAUGGGAGAGGCUCAUCUAUAUUGCAUGCUGAUCAUAAAAUGUCCAAAACGAGAAUCUUCCCUCCUCCUGUUAAAGUAAUCACCCAAUAUCCUGCAUUCAUACAAUGUUCAGGGAGAUGUUGGAAUAAUUCAGACCACUGGUUUACACUUUGGGCAUUCAGGGUUUUUGUUUAAGUUUACAGUCUGUUUUAUGGCCACAUGUUUCCACCACUUUCUGCCGAAAAGAACGACAGCAAGGAGCCAAAAGCAAAGUGACAGCACUCAGGCCAGUUUUGCCCCGAUCUCUAUCUGCCUGCCUGCCAUGCCUUGGCCUCAGUCAGCUUGGACACUGCUCUCCCAUGCCCUCCAUCAUAUUCAAAGAGAUGACUUCACAGUACAUCCAAGACGUAAUUAAGCAUUAAAUGAGUGAAGUCUCCAGGCUCCCUUACCGGCUUCUCCCAGCGUAACAUCAUCAUUGAUUCAGAGCUAUCAUUAUUACCUCUGUGGCCACUUUUUUAAUGUUUGUGUUUUCAGCUCCCACGCUUCGGCCGACAUAAAUAUUUAAAGGCUUAUCUGUAGCUGAACUUGUUAUUCAAGACUUUGGUUUCUUUCAUCAUGAAUACGGUUCUCAGGGAUAGCGAAACACAAUUAAAGGGAACUAGUUUGUUUGUAAUUUUGCAUUCCAGCUGAAUAAUUUUGAGCCCCUAGGUCACCAAAUCAAAUAUUGUUUGUAUCCCAAGAUGAAAAUAUUGAAUUGUCCUUUUUCUGUGCUAUAUCAGAAUAUCAUGUAUUGAGUAAGACGUAUUGUCAGUUGAUGUUACUGAACCAUUUCUCGUCAGACGAAUAACGUUGUGAUUCUUAAUGGACUAAUUCCAAGAGAAACUGUCUCAAAUGUUCUGGCUGGCACCAAACACUUGUUUGUGUUCAAUGUUUAUUGUGACUCAUGGUAUGCGAGAGCAUUUUGAACGAGUUCUUUAUACAGUUAGGUGUUGACAUGUCACCGUAAUUAGGUGUUGAUUCUCCUCUCAAGGGGAAGUAAUUACCUUUUGAUUACUUUGUCUGUUUUCUUUAGGAACCUCCACAGUUUGUUGAAUAAUAGAAAGACCACCUCUGUCUUAUCCCAAAGGUAUCCAUGUUGUGUGGGGAUCUGUCACACUUAAUGCCAAGAAGUCAUUGUUGCCUUUGUUGAUUUUUCUGUGCCCAGCCAUAUGUACAGUUUUGCCCAUUGCAGUAAGGACCUUGCGAGAUAAAAAAUAAAUAAAGUCAAACAUUUCCAGAA